AUGCAGCUGGGUGACUGGCGAGGGGACGAGGAGGAGGUGCAAGUGAAGGAGGAGGAGGCGAGGGCCCAGGAGGACAACGCCGCUGCCUCGAGGAUAGUUGCCACCCCCUCCCCCGGCCAACACCACCACCACUACAUACAGUACGAGCCCGUCCAAGACCCAGGAUCUGUAGGACAGUACCUGAGGUACAACAAGAGCCAGUUCCCGGAGGACCCCUACCUCAUGCAGAUGAGCCUGACGGCCUACGAGGGGGGCGGGGGCGGCUCCGAGGACAGCGGCCAGAGCAGCCCCGUCCGGGACCCCUCCCCCCAGCAGCAGCAAGAGUACUCCACGGCGCAAGAGCUACACGCGCUCCAGCCCGGCGGCUACAACCCUUCGGCCCAUGAGUUCACCACCGCGAUGUACCCAAGAGCAUCAUAUAACGGCUUGCAGAAUUAUUACAACACAGCCAUGUCCAGCCCAGAUGCAGAAACCCCCAACACAACACCUCAACAACUAUGGACAACAGGCGGCUGCGAGGAGUACAGCAGCAGCUCGGGGAGCAGCAUCAAGUACUCCAGCGGCGGCGCGGUCCAGCUGCCGACCUUCACGACGGCCAGGUUCCAGCGCAACUUCAGCCCUGCUGGAGGCACCACCUACCUCAGCCAGGACAUCUGGCCCACCCCCGUGUCCCAGGCGGGCAACCCCUUCCCGGCCGCCGCCUCUCUGUCUGCAUGUGGAGCUGACGGGACGAUGGAGUGCUACGCCGAGGGCAGGGAGUGCGUGAACUGCGGCGCGAUCAGCACCCCGCUGUGGAGAAGGGACGGUACCGGCCACUACCUCUGCAACGCCUGCGGCCUCUACCACAAGAUGAACGGCAUGAACAGGCCUCUGGUCAGGCAGCCACGGCGACUGUCUGCUUCAAGAAGAGUUGGUUUGACAUGUUCAAACUGUGGAACCAGCACAACAUCCCUGUGGCGAAGAAACACAAUUGGCGAGCCGGUUUGCAAUGCAUGUGGGUUGUACUUUAAACUACAUGGAGUCAACAGACCUCAAGCAAUGAAGAAAGACAGCAUUCAGACAAGAAAGCGAAAACCCAAAGGCAGUAAAACAGAAAGGGCAAUAGCAAAUCAGAUUAAACUGGAACACAAUGGCCUGAAUGACCUGAGAGGAUCAGUGAGCCACGCCUCCGGAGGUCUGGGGUACAGUAACAUGCUGAGCUACACCAGCCACAACAUACCGCCCCCUUACCUGGACAUCGGGGCCAAGCAGGAGCACAGUGUAGAGACACCGCACAUAGUCACCUCGCACAAUACUAAGCAGGAGCGACCAUCUGUCCUCGUAUGA